AUGAUUCCAUGUUUUAUAGAUUGCAAUCCGACUGCAGAUCGACCAGCUCGCGGAGAUUUGUCUGUGCUCACUUUGCGCGGGCAUUCGGUUCGUUUCAGUCACAUACGUGCCCGUUUCUCGCCCAGACAUAGCACGGGGCAACGAUUUGCGUAUGCGGGCAGUGCAUGUGGAGUUUGGCAAAUUUGGGAUCUAUUUACUGGUAAACGGGUGAGUUACUACUAUCUUCACAGUCCGGUCACGAUGGAUACAUUUUGUUGGGCUCCAGGUUGCCCAGUGUUUGGCAGUGUUCAUGAAUCUCUGACUCGAGCUUGA